AUGCCUGAAUUCACGGUAACCGACAAUGAUCUAUCUCCCUUGAAAGCCAAGGUGGUGCUCGUAACAGGGUGCUCCAGCGGUAUUGGGCUAGCGACAGUCAAAGAGUUGCUCAACAUUGGGGCAAAGGUCGUUGGAGGAGAUUUGUCUGCUCCGGAGCCUGGAGUUGACAAUGAAAACUUUGAAUUUUUCCAAGUCAACGUCACUGACUGGAAGGCACUACGAAACUUUUUCAAACACGCUGCAAACAAGUUCGGGCAUAUCGACCAUGUGUUUGCCAACGCUGGUUUCGAUGAGGACGGAGAGCUCUCUCGGCCGAAUCACAUCGUUUUCGACAUCAACCUCACUGCCGUCGUUGACACCGUCAGGCUAGGAAUCCACUACAUCCGAAAGAAUCCUAGCGGUGGCAGCAUCGUGGUGUCAGCGUCGUCCUCUUCAUACCAGAGGUAUCCCUGCUACGACUAUACCUCUGCGAAGCAUGGUGUCCAUGGUCUGGUUAGGGGCCUGGUUUCCGAGAUUGGGCCCGCGACAGACAUUCCUGUCCGCAUCAAUGGUGUUGCACCGGGCUGGACCAACACCGGGAUCGUGAAUGAAGCUCUUUGUGCCAGUGCAGGGGUUCCGUCACAGGGACCAGAAAUUGCAGCGCGAUCAGCACUUAUCGUCAUGGCCGACACCUCCCGUCACGGAGAAAUCAUUCACUCGUCCCAGGGGAAAUAUUUCGAACUCGAGUCACACCUUCUCAAGGCUACUCAUGAUAUUCUGCAACAAGCACCAACUGUUGAGCCGGUGACACGGUCACUUGCAGAUGAAUAUCUCGCAAUAGUAGCGGCGUAUAAAAAGGGCCAUGGCAUAAAAUGA